CAAUGCCUCGGGUUCACAGAAACUCUAGGGGACUUUCCAAAGCAUAAAGGAAAGCGGAAGGAGGGGAACUAGGACGGAUGGGCGGUGGGGGUUUGCGCUACCUUUUGCUGGAACAAGUGGUGGCUUGGGGCGAGAGAGCUUGUCAUGGAUAGCCCGGGCUGACCUCCCCGCCCACCCCCUUCCUGCCUCAGGCCGCUGCAUGAGAACUACUUUCGUGCCCCCUCCACCCUAACGACGGGGAACUGUACUUUCCGAGACGUUUACACGUUGAUUAAACCUUAAACGGUGUACUUUCCCUUAAAAAUAAAUCGGCUUGAGCUGUGAGUCAGGCUUGCCCGAUAAAGCGAAUGUAUCCAUCAUGUGGAGCGAGUCAUUUCCAGUCACGUUUAUGGUCGAUGGUUACUUUGAUGACCGGAUUGUUUUUAAUAUAAAAGUUUAAGUGUUGUGAUUGCCAACUACCGGGCGGUCCGGACACAGUUACUAAGCUGCACCCGACCUUGAGUAAACGCAACACUUCCCCUUUAUAAUCAGUUCGGGCGAAGCGGGGGUGACAAGAGGCUGUGCAGUGAGUGAGCUGGAGUAUCGGUGGAGAAUGGAUACAGGGGCAGCGCUAAUGCCCCACUCUGCUCCCAACCUGGCGAUGUCGCCGACACUGGACAAACCUUUCCAGUUCCAGCGCCUGGUCAUAAGCAAAGGCACCGCGGCACCAGAAGCUGCUUUUGGGGGAGGCAUCGCAAGAAAACCAAGUGAGCCAUUCCAGUUGGGACAAAAUGGGACUGAGAUAGGAGAGGAGGAGAAUCUGACCUCCAUCACAGAUAGCAUGAGCGUUACUGCAGCCGAUGAGGAGAAGCUACUCCUUUUGAACAGGAACACUGAACUGAGACGUAUUAACCAAAAGCUGAUGAAACUCAACCAAGACUGGGACCAGUUCUAUCGAGUCAACACCAGUGAACUUCAGCAAAGAGUGGCAAUACUGCAGAUGGAGGUUUCUGAGACCAACCAACAUGCAUGUGCACUUUCUAAGAAACUAGACAGUGAGCAGUGCAAAAGGGAGUACUAUGAGCAAUGCUUUAUGCAAGAGAUGAAAAGGAAUCAACAGCUCCAAGAUUAUGUGAGACAGCUAGAAAAUAAUUUACGCACCACAAGAGGAGACCAACUACCACCGAAAGAUGAGCCAUGGAGACCAAUUGUAAACGAUGAAAAAGCUGCCAAUGGCCCUCAACAACAAGAAGCAGAUCAAAAGGAAGCUGCACCCUCACCGGCAAAACAUGUGCGGGUCUUGGCAAAGUCAAAGGAACAAGACCAAUGCAAACUGACAAAGCCGGAUGUGGUUCAGCAUGUAUCUCCCUAUGAGAUCUCCCAGAAAGGGUGUAAAGAGCUUCUGGAUCAAAUGGCUGCUCUUGUGUGUCAGACAAAGCUCUUUGAAUCAGAUUAUAAAACAGAGCGCAAAGAUCGACAACAUACUCAAGCUGAAAAUGAGAAACUAAAGAAAGUAUCAGAAGAUAUGUAUUUGCAGAUGAACCUCCUUCAGGAACAGCUCAAGAUUUAUGAGGAUGACUUUAAAAGGGAAAGGUCUGAUAAGCAAAUACUUCAGCGACUGCUUAAGAGUAAAUCGGAAAAUAAGGAGCCAGUUCUUGUCCAUCGGUGCAACAACACUCAUCAGAAAUCUCCAGACAUCAAGAAAACACCAUGCAGCAAGCAUUGUGUCGAACGACACUCCAGCUGUUCAACCCACCAUAGAUGUAAAGGUGCAGAGAUUCAAGCGGUACCGUACUCCAUUGACUAUCAUUAGAGUGGAGCUUUGGAAGGUUUUACUGAAAAGAUUACUAUCAGAAUUCUGGGACAUCUGGCACAUGGAUGUCCUUUAUUACAAAUGGAGAAAAAUCAUGACCAGUAAAUAUGGUGCACAAGUUAUAACUAUGAGUGAAUUUCAUGCCCUCCAAAUUUAGAACGACUCGUACACAUGGAAUCAUGUGUAUGCAUUUUAUCUGUAAAAAAAGGUCACUUUGUAUUAGAUCACUAAUGGUUUAAUUUAAUACUGAAGUUAAAAUGCUAUACUGACAUCUGUGUUAUUUGUCAACAGUAGCUUGGUAAUUAGCACUGGUGGAUCACCAUAUGAUUGCUCACUAUCUCGCCACCCAGCCUAACUAUAGAGAAUGGUGAUGGGCAGGACAGAUCUUGGCAAAAGUAAAUGGUCCAUUCGGACAUGAAAGUCACUAAGAACAACUUAAUGUAUAAUAGAUGUCUGUUUAAAUUACUUCUCCAAAAGUGGUCAUAUUUAGGUUUCUAUACACAUAUCUGCUUAACUGCAAAGAACAAGGCUUAGAAACAUAGAAAAUAGGUGCAGGAGUAGGCCAUUCGGCCCUUCGAGCCUGCACCGCCAUUCAAUAUGAUCAUGGCUGAUCAUCCAACUCAGUAUCCUGUACCUGCCUUCUCUCCAUACCCCCUGAUCCCUUUAGCCACAAGGGCCACAUCUAACUCCCUCUUAAAUAUAGCCAAUGAACUGGCCUCAACUACCUUCUGCGGGAGAGAAUUCCAGAGAUUCACCACUCUCUGUGUGAAAAACGUUUUCCUCAUCUCGGUCCUAAAAGAUUUCCCCCUUAUCCUUAAACUGUGACCCCUUGUUCUGGACUUCCCCAACAUCGGGAACAAUCUUCCUGCAUCUAGCCUGUACAACCCCUUAAGAAUUUUGUAAGUUUCUAUAAGAUCCCCCCUCAAUCUUCUAAAUUCUAGCGAGUACAAACCGAGUCUAUCCAGUCUUUCUUCAUAUGAAAGUCCUGACAUCCCAGGAAUCAGUCUGGUGAACCUUCUCUGUACUCCCUCUAUGGCAAGAAUGUCUUUCCUCAGAUUAGGAGACCGAAACUGUACGCAAUACUCCAGGUGUGGUCUCACCAAGACCCUGUACAACUGCAGUAGAACCUUCCUGCUCCUAUACUCAAAUCCUUUUGCUAAGACCUUGAAUGGCAAACAAAAGAUACUAAAAUACAAUAAAGUGUUCAACUUCCUUCACGCCCCCUUUCUGAUCACCAUGUCGUCCCACGAAUGGGAGUUCCCCAGCAAGAGGUUAGAUUGUGGCCAUUCUUUAAUCAAGAAAAGAACCAACUUCUGGUUACAUAAACAUGCUUUCAUAUUUGGUUUCCAGGUAAUGUUACCUGCAAUUACCAACUAACAUUUCUUCAUGUGAGAGGCAUAGUACAAACUUGAUGUUCUAGAGACUCUAAUCUAGAUACUAAUCUGUAAUACUAAAAUCGUUUAGUAUUACAGAUAUACUAAUAGAUGCAGGAGGAGGCCAUUCGACCCUUCAAGCCAGCACCACCAUUCAUUGUGAUCAUGGCUGAUCAUUCACAAUCAGUAACCUGUGCCUGCCUUCACCCCAUACCCUUGAUUCCGCUAGCCCCAAGAGCUCUAACUGUCUUUUAAAUUCAUCCAGUGAAUUGGCCUCCACUGCCCUCUCCACAACAACCAGUUCAUUAAAAACGUUUAAGAAAUUAAAGAACCUUUUCCAAGUUGAUUCACUCUACACAUGUUAAAUGAAAGCCUUCUAACCUGGAUAAGGUUUACCCUUCAAAGUAACAUAAAAUGAAAGGAUUAUUUGAUAAUUACUUUGUUGAUGUUCGUAGAAUCUCUUCUGUUGAGUGAAUCAGCUGCAUUCACUUCUACUAAACAGCAAGGGUUAACUCUUCAAAAGUUGAAGUGUAAAGUGCUUAAUUUCUCUACGGCUGCGAUGUGCUAUACAAGUGCAAUGCUUUCUAUCUAAUAUAAAUUUUAAAAAUGCACUUUAUUUUGCUAAUGCUGUACUUUAUUUCUACCAUUCAUAUUUACAUAUUAUUUCAUGUAUCUACUGUUUAACUAUAUACUUGGGGAGAUGUAUCAAAUAAAAUGGGGGUAAGCCUAUAUUGUGUUUGUAACAAACUUAACGUGGUAGCCUUUUGUGCACAAGGUCAUUGACUGUUAAAACAUGAAAACUUUGGGUGCAAAAUUGAGAAGUUUCUAUUGGUUUCAACAGUCGUGUAGAACAUAUAAAUGGAUUCCAAGAUUAUGUUCCAGAGUAUGGUUUGUAACUUGUAUCUAAUAUGACUCCAUUAGGAGUUAAUAAUAUUUGUGCUUUCUGUAAUAAUUUAAGAACUUUGUUAGCUUAUUCAGGGACAAAUGAUACCAGAAUGAGGAAGAAACAAAGGACUGAGGCACUGACUCUGGUGUCUCUGGAAUAAUUUUAUUAUUGAACAAAAAAAUAAUCUUAACACCAGUCAUCUGUGAUCUGCAGCAUUUUCCACAAUUUCAGCAAUGUUAUUUUUUUUAAAUAUAAGCUUAUUCUUCCCAUAUGUAGUUUCAAACUGUAGCGUGCAGGUGGUCAUAUUUUUUUUAACGCACUAGGCACUCCAGGGAAAUAUUUUAACACUUCUGCUUUUUACACACAUUUCUCAAAAUAAAACAUUUUGUGAUGCAAAUUAUGAUCGAAUGGUGUUCUCAGCUGUAAUUAUCUAGAAAAUUAACUCAAUGGGGCAAAUUGGUCAGCAUGGAUGAGUUGGGCCGAAGGGCCUUUUUGCAAGCUGUAUCACUCUGUGAAUCUAUGAACUUGAAUCUGAUGCAAAGAGAAAAAUAACUUGAAUGUAGCUGAGGCACAUCCCAUUUGAUUUAUUUGGGCUGCAUCAAGGAAGCACAGUUAUAUUGACUGCCCUUUUAAGUAUUAUGGCAAACAUUAUGCCAUUUUACUUUGCCAACAUAAAAAAAAUUGAAAAUGUUAUCGUCAUCAUUCAAUACUCGGGCUGUGAAAGAUGGUAUCUUAAAUGUUUUUUUGUUAGGUUAUAAAGAAGUAUGGUACAUGGGCAUUCACAGCUUUUGUGCGACUUGCUUGUUGAAAUGUCAAAGCUUCUGAUUUAUCUUUUCCCUGUUCUGUAAGCCUGUUGAAAGGUUAAAUAUAUAAAUGUCUUGUUGCAUUGUUGUCCUGGGAGGGACAGAUCUUUAAUGAUUUUUUUUAUUAGAUGAAGUUGAAAUGCCUUUCCUUUGUGUGUUGGCGCAAAGCUAAUCAUCUCUGCAGUUUGUGGGGACCCUCUCUGUGCCUUAGAAUACUAACGGCACAGCUGAGAUGCACACCACAAAUGAAGUGUAUUGAAUUCAAUGCCACUUGUGGGCGGGCGGGCGUGCUGUGGGAGAAUAGCUGGGUACUUUAAUUUUUUUACAGAUGCAAUGUAAAAUGGUGUAUGUUAUCUCUUACAUUGCUUCUUUUGCAAAGCUUGCAUUCACAAGAUAUGUAAUAUAAAUAGAUACUUAACUGAUUAUAUAUUUCUCUUACAAUAAAGUUUCUGACUAAUGAUCAA